CGUUGCUUGUAGUGGGAGACUGGAGCUAGUUCAUAUUAUUCAGUGGCAUUUAUUCCUUUACUGGACAACACACGAAUCGUAAGCCACAGAUAGUAUGGCGACCCUGGAUCAGAAAUCACCUAACGUGCUUCUCCAGAGCCUCUGCUGCAGAAUCACGGGGAAAAGCGAAGCUGAAGUUGCCCACCAGUUCCAGUAUGCAGUGCGAGUCAUUGGCAGUAACUACGCCCCCACAAUCGAACGGGAUGAGUUCCUGGUGUCAGAGAAGAUCAAGAAGGAAUUGCUGAAGCAGAGGAGAGAAGCAGACGCUGCUCUGUUCUCUGAGCUGCACAGAAAACUUCAGACACAGGCUGUUCUGAAGCAUCGCUGGUCUGUUCUCUACCUGCUGCUCAGCCUAUCUGAAGACCCUCGGAAACCAUCCAGCAGGGUUGGCAACUAUGGGGCUCUGUUUGCCCAGGCCCUCCCCAGGGACGCCCACUCCACCCCGUUCUACUGCACCCGGCCUCAGAGCCUGGCCCUGGGCUACGGGGAGAGAAGCGGCGGGCUGUCGGCCAGUGUGGGGACCAGCGGCAUCUCCAGUCUGGGGGUGUACACGCUGAAUGGACCCACGCCGACGCCACAGUCACUGCUGGCAGGUCAGCCCCCUCAGUCUGCAGGCGGCGGUCAGCCUCUGGGCUCUCGACUGGCCUGGGCUCUUCCUGUGAGCUCCUCCCCUUCCUCCGCUCUGGCCCCGCCCAGUGCCCGGCUGCCCCUCGGACCUCCAGCUCUGUCUACCAGAGUGGUCCGUCCUCGCCGAGACGGCGACACAGGUGGGGAGGUGAGCGAGGCGGCGCUGGUGCGAGACAUCCUCUAUGUCUUCCAGGGAAUCGAUGGCAAGUUCAUCAAGAUGAGCGCCCAGGAGAACUGCUACAAAAUAGACAGCAAGGUGGUGCUGUGCAAGUCCCUGAGGGACACCAGCAGCAGACUGGCCGAGCUGGGCUGGCUCCACAACAAAGUCAGGAAGUACACCGACGCCAGGAGCCUCGACCGCGCCUUCGGGCUGGUUGGACAGAGCUUCUGUGCCUCGCUCCACCAGGAGCUGAAGGAGUACUACAGGCUGCUGUCUGUCCUCCACUCCCAGUUGCAGGUAGAGGACGACCAUGGCGUGACCGUGUGCACAGAGAGCAGCCUGACUCUCAGGAGGCUGCUGGUUUGGAUGUACGACCCCAAAGUCCGGCUCAAAACGUUAGCCGCCCUUGUCGACUUCUGCCAAGGUCGAAAGGGGGGCGAGCUGGCCUCAGCUGUCCACGCUUAUGGGAAAACAGGAGACCCACAGAUGAGAGCGCUGGUUCAACACAUCCUCAGCCUGGUGUCGCACCCCAUCCUCAACUUCCUCUACAGGUGGAUCUAUGACGGAGAGCUGGAAGACACCUACCACGAGUUCUUUGUAGCAUCAGAUCCCAACGUGAAGACCGAUCGUCUGUGGCAUGAUAAGUACUCCCUCAGGAAGUCUAUGAUCCCCUCCUUCAUCACCAUGGACCAGGCCCGCAAGGUUCUGCUGAUCGGUAAAUCCAUUAACUUCCUGCAUCAGGUGUGUCACGACAGAACGCCGCCGGGCAAAAUCACAUCAGCAUCCAAGUCUGCAGACACGCCUAAAGAUGCUGCAGAGCUGCUGUCAGACCUGGAGGGGGCCUUUCAGGAGAAGAUUGAUGCUGCCUAUUUCGACACCAGCAAAUACCUGCUGGACGUUCUCAACUGCAACUACCUGCUGCUGGAACACCUGCAGGCCAUGAGGAGAUACCUGCUGCUGGGCCAGGGAGACUUCAUCAGGCACCUCAUGGACCUGCUCAAACCAGAGUUGGUGCGUCCUGCCACCACUUUGUACCAACACAACCUGACUGGGAUCUUAGAAACGGCUGUCAGAGCCACCAACGCCCAGUUUGACAACGCAGAGAUCCUCAAGAGGCUUGAUGUUCGCCUGCUGGAGGUGUCUCCUGGUGACACAGGCUGGGACGUUUUCAGUCUGGACUACCAUGUUGAUGGACCCAUUGCUACGGUGUUCACGAGGGAAUGUAUGGGCCACUACCUGCGUGUGUUCAAUUUCCUGUGGAGGGCCAAGAGGAUGGAGUACACACUGACUGACAUCUGGAAGGGACAGAUGUGUAAUGCCAAGCUGCUCAAAACCAUGCCUGAGCUGUCCGGCGUGCUGCACCAGUGUCACAUCCUGGCCUCUGAGAUGGUCCACUUCAUCCACCAGAUGCAGUACUACAUCACCUUCGAGGUGUUGGAGUGCUCCUGGGACGAGCUGUGGAACAAAGUGCAGCAGGCUCAGGACCUCGACCACAUCAUCGCCGCCCAUGACGUCUUCCUGGACACCAUCAUCUCCAGAUGCCUGCUGGACAAUAACAGCAGGUCUCUUUUGAACCAGCUGAGGGCCAUAUUUGAUCAGAUCAUAGAGUUUCAGAGUGCCCAGGACUCCCUCUACCGCUCUGCAUUGGAGGAGCUCACCCUCAGACUGCAGUAUGAGGAGAAGAAGCAGCAGAGAGAAGAGGAGGGUCAGUGGGGAGUGACGGCCGAACAAGAAGCAGAGGAGAAGAAGAGGAUUCAGGAGUUCCAGGAAACCAUACCAAAGAUGCGCUCCCAGCUGCGCAUUCUCACCCACUUCUACCAGAGCAUCGUCCAGCAGUUCCUGGUGCUGCUCAUGACCAGUCCAGAUGAGAGUCUGCGUUUCCUCAGCUUCAGACUGGACUUCAAUGAACACUACAGGGCCAGAGAGCCGAGGCUGCGAGCUUCACUAGGCGCCACCAGAGGGCGACGACCGUCAAAUAUCUGACAUGAAGACAAUGGCAUUGACGAGCAACACUUCCAGUCAUUGGAGCGUGGGGUAUGACAUCACAGAGAUGGGCCGACCAGCAUACUUUUAAGCGCUUCAUUGUCGAGAUGAUGUCAUGCCUUGGAGGAGCGAUCCAGCGGUGUUCUGAAUAUUCUGGCAACGGCGGCGGCGGUCACCAAGUGAUGACAUCACAGCAGAGGGCUCCAGUGAAGUCAGCUGAGUGCGAUCAGAAACGAAUAAAGUCCAGUAAAUCAAACUUGUAAGAGGUCGUUGUGGCGACGCAGAGUAAACACCCUAAAAACAGACGCUCGGCGGGAAUUCUGCAAAAUGUCGAGUCAAUUUGUGAAAAACUGUCCGGCUGAGUGUGGCGGAAACAAAAAGCUGCUGUCAGACAGACUGAGCUCCCCGACUCACACAGGGCCACCUUUCAUGGCAUGCCUUAUUAAUGAGGAGAAACAAAACCGUCUCUCUCAGCGUGGUUGCCAAAUCUAGUCCCAACACACAUAAUGUAUGUACAUAGAGUUUAUGCAAAAAUGUAUGUAUGUGUGUAUAUAUGCACUUGUCUGUUCACGUCAACACCCGCGGCUUUGCAUCCUCUCACUAGGGUUCGACGGAUAUGCGUCCGAUAUUGAUAUCUUUUUCAAUUUUGUAUUUGUAGCAGUUAUUAAAAUGAUUAAUUGGGAUCAUUUAUUACUGCAAUUAUUCCACAGGAGACAGUGUUUCUGCUGGAGUUUUCUCCUCAAAGCAUGAGGCACUGACACUGUGUGGACAGGCAGGAACCUUCAGCAUAUUGAAUAUUUAAUAUUUAUGGUCAAUAUUGGCACACCGCUAUAUCAGUCUAACCCUAGCUCUCCACUCUCCUCCUUAAAAUCCAGGGUUUUUAUUACGUCAGGUCAGCUGUGCACUCAUAAACAUACACAACACACACGAAGACAGACCUGGCUCAUGCAGACAAAAAGCUCCUUUGUUUACACCCUGUAUUAAUACCUGUGUUUUUUUUUGUUUUUUUUUUUAACCAGAUAGUUUUGUGUUUAUCAUUAAAUUUAUAAGACAUAGGAAACAAAGUAUCUGGCGUCUGACCAGCGACCGAUAUGAAGAAUGUUAUUAAGGGUUUACUAUGUAUUUAAGUGUUCUGCCUCCAUUUCCCUGCUUAGUGUACAGUGUGUGCUUUUAUGUCUGUGUGAGAGAUGGAUCAUGUCAAAAGAAAACAAUCCUCGCAACAACCACAACAACCUCACUUCUUGUCACCGCAUAAACAAUACGAACCAUAGAUGUUGGAAUAUUUCAGUUCCUUUAAAUAUUGUAAAUAUUUCUAAAUCAGAAAGAGUUUAAUGGUUAUAAAUGUUAACUCGGACAGUUUAUUUUCGGAAACGAGUCUAGUCCCACAUUAUAGAUAAGAAAAACAAGAGUGUUUGUUAGUGUUAUAGAGUGAGGUUGGCUUCAUGUGCAUAUGAGAUGAAGACACUGACAGUAUUAUACCAGAGCAUAGUUGCUGUUGAUCAGCCUCCAAAUUGUAGUUUAGUUAAACUGGAAUCACUCGCUCAUUUUGUAAGUUAAAGACCAUCAAAACCCUUUGGAUUUGAUCAUAUUUUUUUAAAAUGUUAAACAGAUGAGGAGAAGCAGUCGUUAUGGUAGUUGCAGUUCUUCAACCACAGGCUGAAAAAUUAAAUCAGACCCAAACCCAAAAAUAUGUGUCCAAGCUUUCAUCAGCUUUUACGCCUAUUAAACAAAUCCACACUUACAAUCAACCCUUGUUAUGACCCAAAACUGAAGAGUGAGGUGAAAAUUCUACCUUUGCUUCUGCUCAAAAAUCUUUAUUGCUGUGGUAGGACACGACCAUUUGCUGGAUUUCCUUUUGUAGUUCAUAUUCAAAUGCUUUUCGCUGUAGAAAAUGGCAAAACUUGUUUGUUGAGAUUGAAAAGCCAAGUAGCAUUUUAAUCAAGGUAUACAAUCAUUUCCAUAUGAACAGCUGUGAGCGCUGAUCUCACCUUGUAGGAGCUCUGAUCCUGGGUCAGGGAGCAGAUGUUUCUAAAAGUAAAAAAAAAAAACUGCAUAUGCAUUUUAAAGGAUAUGGUUAACUUACUAACAAACUUGCAUCAAAAUGUAAUUUAAGACUUUUGUAUGCCUCCUCGCAAUGUUUCAAUCUGUCCCUACACUUAACUAUACGAUAAUUCAGAAGUAGUUACUAAACUUUUGUUAGUUUGUUUGAGUUAUAAGUUGAGUUUGGCGUUUCAUGGGGAAAUGUUUACUCCUGCAGAUUAAUAACUUCAACUAUAUUUCAGGUUUUGGGGAAAUCUUUUCACACUGCAGCAUAUACACAGAUGUCCUCCAACAUCAGGCCUGGACUCACUCUGUGUGUGUGUGUGUGUGUGUGUGUGUGUGUUGUGCAGAGAAGCGUCUGAUCUGUAUUUUUAUCAUUAGUGGAACAAAUCGGUGCUGCAUAUGGUCACUAGACCAGUUAACUGCUUUCUGACAAUGACUUUCCUUCAUACACAUAAUUCUGAGUGAAGCAAAACACCACUUUAACACCAAACUGAACCGGGGUCAGCACUCCUGCACUGUCCGUCUGUCCUCUGCAUUGUAUAGCACAUAAUGUAUAGAAUAUAGGGAAACAAACCA